CAAAACACAGCCGCCGCAACGGUACCGUUUCCUCCCCACAAUGUCUUGCCAUUGUUGAAACUGUUGGCGCCAGCCCUGGGGACUCUGUAGACUGCCCUCUACCUCGGGCAGACCACCUAACCAUACCCGUACUGUACACGCUGUGCCCGCAGCAGUCCGUUCGUUCAUCCACCCAUCCAUCCCAUCCCAUACAUCCAUCCACGCACGCUGUGCCCAUCAAAGAAGGCCAUUCUUCCGUUUCGCCCAUUCAUUCUACACGACGCCGCCUUGUUCCCUUUUACAACCCCCCCGACUCGAUUCAAAGAGUAUGCCCAUUCCAACACGCCCUGCAGCGCCGACAUAGCGAACUUGCUGUCCUCGUCUCGACAUCCUCUACUACAAGAGUAGUCAGUCCCUUGGUCUGCCACUCAUGACGAAUCCGCCGCCGACUGUCGUUGCGUCCGCCUCCUGUCCUACACACCUCGACGACUCCGAGUCCCACGUCUCCCCGACAUCACCAGCUGCACCUGCAGUUUUCUCCUCCCGCCUCCGAGUCGCCGAGCUUGCAACGACAUGAUUGAAGCUCCAUACCGAUUCCUGACACAUCCUUUCCCCUUCACAUGAGUUCCACGGCCUCCUCGGCCACCAGAACCGUCCUCGGCGGCGGCGGCCCGGCCGUGUCCAACGGCUCCGGGCUGCACUCCUUCGUCAUGGGCGGAGAUGGUGCCCCUGCCGGCCGCGGCGGCAGACCCCCGCUGCCACACAUCGAUGACCUUACCUCCACCUCUCCCAACAUCGACAUGAACCUCCCCUUGCGCAAGAUCCUCGAGAUGGGCGACAACGCCAUGCGACAAGCCGAGACCUUUCGCGACUUUGGCCGACCCGACAUGGCCUUCAAGGAGUAUAUCAAGGCCUCUCUGAUUGCUGUCAAAUACGUGCCUAUGCACACCGAGUCCGUCUCCGUCAAAGGCGGCCGCGGCGACUUGAAUCGCGUCUAUACCGCUCUGAUGAAGAAGAUCGACUCCCACCAUGGCAACUUCGAAAAGAUCAAGGCCGAUAUUAUCGCCGAUAACCACAAGACCGGCGUCAGACCCACCGCAUCGAGGCCAUCCUCCAUCCGCAACGGGGAGGCCAUCAGACCCCAGACGCCCAGAAGCCCGCCGGUAACGAGUCCCACCCGAGCCGAGGCCGCCACGCAACUUAACGGGUCGCCGGCCGCCAAACAAAAGCCGGCCGUCCAACCAAAGCCCGUGUCGUUGCACGGAAAUGCCCUACGGUCUGGCACCGGCGGCCCCAGUCUUCCCAAGAGCAAAGCUGCUGAGGAUUUGGCAGCCCGCUUCGCCAACCUGAGAGGCCCUGUCGCAUUACCGGGCCAGGAUCCGCGGAUUCGAACCCACCCCAUCAUGCCUUCCAGACCGGCAGGUCCGAGGGCUAUGCCAGAGCCGCCCGAGAAGCCAAAAGUGGCCAUCGUCACCAAUCUGCCUGACCUGCCCAAGAUGCCAGAUGCCAUCUAUAGCCCUGCCAGAGGUACCGUCUCCAACGAAGCUGCUUCGCUUCCAUCUAGCACACCCCGAGGCCUGUUCAGCAGGACCGGCUCAUCCGCUUCCAUCAACACCGUUCUUGCCAACAGCAGCAACAACAAGUCUUCCGAAUAUUUCGUUUCUUCCCACACUACCCCCAACGCCGCGCCCAUCGCCUCAAGGGCCCCCAGCAUUACGAUACCCGAAGGCGAUUCGAUCACGGCUGAAGGUCUAAUGAAUUAUAUCAAAAGGGGCUCGGCGACCCUGCAAGUCUUAAUCAUCGACGUCCGCAGCCGGGAAGACUUUGACGAGGGUCACAUCCUCUCACAGGCCGUAAUCUGUAUUGAACCCAGCAUUCUUCUGCGCGAGAACAUUUCGUCGGAGCAAAUAGCCGAGAGCAUGGUCCUCUCGCCUCCCCAAGAGUAUCACCACUUCGAAAGGAGAGACACUUUCGACCUCGUGGUCUUCCACGACCAGGAUUCCGACUCGAUUCCGCGGUACAUGUCUCCUGACAUGGACGCCGCCGCUUUGCUAUCUCUGCAACGCGCCCUUACAUACUUCAACUACGGCAAGGAGCUGAAGAACCCCCCGAAGCUGCUUCAAGGAGGUCUGGAUGCUUGGACUGAUCUGAUGGGCAGAGGGGCGCUUGCCACCUCGCAGACUGCGGGUGCCAUGCGAGCACCUUUGGCUCGUUCUCCUCUGAAGCCGACCAUCUCGAUAUCCAAGCCGAACAGGAAGUACAAGGUCACGCCGCUGAAACCAGAAGAAGUAAAGCUUUGGGAGGAAACACUGCAGAACGUCGAGCUCGAGACGGCGCGAUCCCCCGGCUUCAUGCACGUGCGCAGUACGGAAGAGUUCCUGCGAAGGUUCCCCGCGGUGUCUGCCGAACAAGAAUCCAUGCAGUCGCCGGUCGGUCCGGAGCAAUCGGCCUAUGGCUAUUCUCAAAACCAUGUGGACCUCUACUCCGACCUGCCGUCACCACCUACCCGGCCCGCCCCGGCUGUCCCGCGUCCAAGUUACAGCGGUCUGUCGCAGACGCAGGAUGACCACGAGGGGCCUGGCGCCAUCGCCUUCUCCGCCCAGGGCCGAAAUGCGAAGCAGGGCCCCUUGGCGCGCCCCGACUCUCCUGCGGUCGCGAAUGCCGGCAAAGAUGGUUUGCGCAUCACUGGUCUGAACAACCCGGGCGUGUGGUGUUAUGCGAACAGCUCCGUACAGGCUCUUCGGAUGUCACCCGGGUUCGGAAAGGAAUUGGCCACGUUUGAAUGGCAAAACAUGUACAAGGUGCCAAAGAAGACGGACGAGAAGAACGACCACCCCCAGCUCAUGUCCCGAAUUCUGUCCAACUUAUUCCAUUGGCUGGACUCUGGCAAGUUUGAUGUCAUGAAGGCGCAGACACUCAUGGACUACUCCCGAUCAGUCUGUGAAAAGAGCCGUCACAAGGACAGGGGCGAUGAGUUUGGCGGCGGUCGACAACAAGAUGCACACGAGUUCAUCUCAUGGCUCAUGGCGUAUCUCCACGACGAGACUAACGUACGACGCAACCGUAGUAGCACCGACACUCCCGCGCCCACCCCCGCGCCGUCCAUGGGCGGCAAGUCAAUGCUUCAGGGCGCAUACGAAUGGUGGGCGCAGUACCAAAAGAAGAACGCGUCCAUGGUCGACAAAUACUGGCGCGGCAUAGAACUCUCGACCGUUGUGUGUGCACAAUGCAAGAACCGCACAUACACGUGGGACACGUUUGACUUCCUUUCAAUACCCGUCAACCGGAACACGCAUACCCUCGAGGACUGCCUCAGGGCGCACCUUGAGACUGAAAACAUCUCGGACUAUCAAUGCGACAGUUGCAAAACAAAGGGGCUCGGCAGGAAACAGGCAAGGCUGGCGCGAAUGCCGGAGCUCUUUUGCCUAUGUCUGAAGCGUUUUACGGUUGACAACCACGGGGGGGUAAAGAAGGAUCUGAGUAGAGUCACAUGGGACUUCAACAACUUCAACGUCGAUGAGUUCUUCAUUCCACCAGAAGAGCGGACGGCGGGGUCUGCGCCGGACGAAAACUUUGAGCUUCCAUUCGACUACGAGUGCUACGCAGUCAUUAUCCAUUCGGGGCCGAACAUCAACUCUGGCCAUUACUACGCGUACGCCCGGGAUACACAUAAUCCCGAUCCAACGGUCUGGUACAAGAUCAACGACUCUUAUGUGAACAGCAUCAGGAUCGACGGGACGGGUCGGUCUGGUGACUACAGCGAGAAGGUUUUCAAAAGCAGCGGCGAGGUCCCGUACAUGGUUUUUUUCCGCAGAAAGGGUGGUCGGUCGGCGAGGUGAUGGGACGAGUGUAUUAGAGGGUAGGCAGAGCGUCUGCACGCGGCGAAAAGGGGGUUGGAUGCGAGGGCUGUACAUGGAAAGGCGGUUUCGACUUCGCAUAUAGAAAGGGACGACUUGUCGGGUGCGGGUAUCGGCGAAGCAUGGGAACGAAUGUGCGUGUGUGUUUUCCCGCGAUUCGUGUUUUCGAGCGCUUCCAAGCAUGGCGUCUGGGUGGUUCUCCGAGCCCCGUUAUGCGUUGGGGUUUUCCUGUUUCCAUGUUCUAGGUCGGGGUUUUUCUUUUCCCUUUCUUGUCUUUUUUCUCUCUUUUUCUUUUCUUUCGCGGAAUGGAUUUUUGUGCUAUGAGACCCAUGACAAGCAUAAUACCAUUGAAUGAAGAGCUGUUUUCUGUGUCGGUCAAGGUGGCUUUAUGAGGGAUUGUGGCUGUGUAUCCCGUAUUAGAACCACCAUACGGGGUUGAUGUCGGCUCCGUCGCAUUCGUCGGGUUCGAGUGCGUAAUAAUGGGAGGAUGAAGCCACGCAGGGCUUGGCAUCAUCAAUUUGUCCCGCCUCUUCCCCAUGUAGUCACUCACAAGGGGAGCAAUCUUCUCUCAGGUAGACAGACAGGUUGAUGGAUGGGAGAGAGGAAGUACGGCCGCCCGUCGGAUCAGUUCGGACUCGCCCCAAGGGGACGCAAAGUUGGCCAGAAGAGGCAUCCAUGUUUGUCACGCUCUCAACAUGGGUGACUUCUCGUGUCGGUCGAGGGUAUAUAGCAGCUAACCCCCAAGAGACUGACGACGCGAAACAAUGGUUUCCCCUCCAUCUGCUUGGAUCUCUAGACUAGCAGGUUAACUCAAUAGACUUUCCGGCCAACAAAACUCCCCCCUUCUUCGGCCUCACGACGACGAUCCCUCCUUCUCCUCCUUCUUCUCCUUUGCCGCCGAAGACGACAACACCAGCAUGGCCAAAUCCGACGUCUCCAUUUGGCCUUACGAACCGUCCUUCCCCCUCGCCGUCAUGGGCGCGGCGCUCUACGGCGUCGUUGGCGCCUGGCUCACGUACCUGACGCUCGUCCGCCACCGCGCGUGGUACUUUUCCGUCGUCGUCAUUGGCGCCGUCAUCGAGGUGUCGGCAUACGUACUGAGGGCGUACUCGGCCAAGAAUCCGACGGAGAUUGUGAGUUUUGAGUUUCGUUUCUGGUUUAUCGGGGCCGGCGGCGUGUCUCUCUCCCUUCUCUCUCUUUCUCUCUCUCUUUCUGGAGAGAGAGAGGGAGAGAGAGAGGGAAGUCUUUCUCUCUCUCUUUCCUCUCUCUCUCUUUCGCUCUCUCUUUCUCUCUCUCUCUUUCUCUCUCUCUUUCUCUCUCUCUUCUCUCUCUCUCUUUCUCUCUCUCUUUCUCUCUCUCUCUUUCUCUCUCUCUUUUCUCUCUCUCUUUCUUCUCUCUUUCUCUCUCUCUCUUUCUCUCUCUCUCUCUUUCUCUCUCUCUCUCUCUCUCUCUUUCUCUCUCUCUUUCUCUCCUCUCUUUCUCUCUCUCUCUCUCUCUCUCUUACUCUCUCUUACUCUCUCUCUUACUCUCUCUUUCUCUCUCUCUUUCUCUCUCUCUUUCUCUCUCUCUUUCUCUCUCUCUCUCUCUCUCUCUUUCUCUCUCUCUUUC